ACACAAGAAGAUCAUUAACUAUCCAACUGAAUACACCCCCAUCUGAAGUAGAUUUAGCAUCUCUAAUAUCCGCCAAUCCGCUAAGAAAUACGUCUUCUUGUAGCAUAAUCCUUUCACUGUUUCCACCAACGAGUUCGUUGUAUUAUAGUCGUUGUAUAACGGUCUUCCGUUCCAUAUAAGACACACAGUCGCUUAUUCUUUCACAAAACCACUUGCGAUGGUGUCGCGAGCAAAGCUCCACUCUGGUUACUACAACUUGACCAGUCUCUCGUUUUAAUUCCUGCACUUCAUUCAACCGAUACGCCAUAAUAAAAACUGUAGAACUAACCUGUAUUAUCGGUUAGUUUAGUGUUUCGUGGAAAUUAUUCUAUUUAAAAUUAAUUUGUAAUAGUAAAAGUGAUAACUGAUUUUAAUUAGAAUACCAUGUUUUAAUGAUAUUUUUUAAUUAUUCGUCGAUUAUAUAGAUAAUCACUUAAUAUCUUGUGUUUCAUUAUACACGAAGAUGUUACAUAAUGAUGGUUGCGUGUUGUUCCAUGGAUCUUCGAAGUAUUUUCAAAUUGAUAAAAAUUAAUUGUAGUAGACCUUAUUUAUGUAUCUAUUUUCGAUUAUUUAUGAACAAUUUGUCGGGUAAAUAAUUUAUUGUUUGUUGGUGAUUUGUGAAUAAAUUAUUGUGGAAAUGUUGUAGAACUGUUUGUUGUAUAGUGAUUCUGCGAGAUGAUUUUCUACGAUACGGUUAGAAUGAAGCAGCAGGUGAAAUAUCCUACUUUGCCUUUAAAUGUACCAACUGAUUUGUGUCUGACUUGGAAGAAUAUUUCUUACACGGUCGAGAGAAAGACCAAUGGCGGCAGUCUUCGAGCGAUUUUCGGUUUCCAAUACACUGAGCUCAUUCAAUUACUCCAUGGAGUCAAUGGUAUAGUUAAUUCUGGAAUGUUGAUGGCGAUUAUGGGACCAAGCGGCGCUGGAAAAACUACCCUUCUUGCAACUAUUAGCAGACGUGUCAAAGGCAAAGCGACAGGUGACGUCUUGCUAAAUGGGAAGCCUAUCGAUACCGAGCAGAUGAUAAGGAUAUCUGGAUUCGUUCCACAAACGGACUUGGCAAUCGAAUCGCUGACAAUCCAAGAGCAUAUGGAAUUCAUGGCGUGCAUGAAAAUGGACAGAAGGCUGAGGGCCAACUUCAGACGGCAACGUAUAACGAUUCUGUUGAGAGAACUUGGCCUGGCAAAAUGCACCUUCACAAAACUAUCCGCUCUGUCUGGUGGUGAGAGGAAACGUGUCACUCUGGCUGUUGAGAGUAGAGAAUUUUUCCAGCUACUCACCGAGCCGAGCAUUCUCUUUUGCGACGAGCCAACUACCGGGUUGGACAGCUAUGGUGCCAUGACUGUGGUGAGGACGCUCAGGGAAGUGGCGGCCAGCGGAAGGAUAGUCAUUUGCUCGUUGCAUCAACCUGCUUCCGGUUUAUUGGAGAUAUUCCACGAGGUUUUACUACUCUCUGGUGGUAGAGUCGCCUUCCAAGGCUCCUCUAUAGAUGCCACGGAAUUUUUCGAUAGCUUGAAUCUUCCUUGUCCUCCAACUUUCAACAGUGCCGAAUUCUACGUUUCUCAGUUAUCCAUUAUUCGUGACAAAGAGGCUGAGAGUUAUAGAAAGGUGAACUGGAUCUGUGAUCAAUACGAGAAAUCGAAAUACGGUCUGAGGGUGUCGAAAUUGAUCGAAUACUCUUGCGUCACAGAGUCCAUGGAGCUGCCUUCCAUAUUUUCAGACGUCUCUUUAUCUCUGAAAAAUUUCAAAAAAGCUCGGCUUCUGACGCAAUUGCACUGGCUCGUGUGGCGCAUCUAUCUCGACUACAAGAGGAAUUACACGACUCUUUUCUUGCGAUUCAUAACGUACAUGUGUAUAGGAGUACUGAUAGGGUUGCCCUUUAUGAACAUCUCGGGACAAGCGAUGAAUCAAGACACUAUACAGAACAUGCAAGGUCUUUUAUACUUGGUGGUCGUCGAGACGGUGUUCACCUUCAAUUAUGCCGUUUUCUAUACAUUUCCAAGGGAAUUGCCACUUUUAUUACGCGACAUCGCUAGUGGACUCUAUGGUCCAGCUCCAUAUUACAUCAGCAAAGUUAUCGUUUUGAUACCUGGGGCGAUAAUACAGCCAUUGCUGUAUUCAGCUUUCAUAUUCGCAAUCACGGGGCUGAAGGGUGGACUUUUAGGAUUCGUUUACUUCGCACUGCCGGUUGUUGUCUGCGCCAUUUCAGCAUCUGCUUUUGGUUUAUUUUUAUCGGCGUCGUUCAAAUCGAUGGAGACGGCAUCUCUAUUUUCUGUGCCAUUGGACUUUCUUGGUCUGAUGUUCUGCGGGAUCUAUUUACAUUUGGGAUAUUUGACGCCUGGUAUCGCUUGGUUGAAAUAUCUAUCGCAAUUCUAUUACGGCCUCGAAGCGGUUUCCUUGACGCAAUGGCUUCUGAUCGAUCAUAUAAAUUGUUCUUCAGAUCCGGAAGAGCCGUGUAUUUCCAGCGGACUAGGGGUUCUAGAGAAAUAUGGUUACUUGCCAACUCAUUACACCAUGGACAUAAUUGGUCUUUUAGUAAUUUUUUCGUUCAGCCAUCUAGCGGGUUUUCUGGUAAUCAGGCACAGAAGUCGCAAGGAACCUGUUUAUUAAAUAUUUCACUCUUAAUUAAUUUAAGUUACCUAUAUUUUUCUUCUUAAAUUUAUUUUAUAAAAAUGCACAAAUUUUUAUAUAAUUCAUUUGUAUUACCAUUUCUAAAUUUAUAUAAUUAAUUAAA